AUGGCGUUUUUGUAUCAGGUGCUCAAGGAUGUCAGCGAGAAACAGCCUUACAGUGUGGGUAAAACAAUACUAAAAGAGAUUGUUACUGACCUUGAAACUGAAUUAUCCACCGGGCGUGAUGGUUUUAAGUUCAUUGCGCAGGUGGCGGAGAGGGUGCGGGAGUAUAAUGAGGGAGUGAAAACAUCGAAUGAAUAUGUCAAAGGUAAAAUUAACGAGAUGCAAGGACACGUUGACAAGACUUUAACAGAUAAGUUAAGAUCCAUAUUACUUAAUGAUGAUUCAGAUCCACGCAAGACAUUGACACAAGAGCAAGUUCAGAAGGUGGAGCAAGCUGUGACGGUCGCCGACCAAUUAGUGAAGGACUACGCAACAAAAGGUACGGAUUUCAUAAACGGUUUCCGUGAAAAGAAAGUGUUCAGUUACCGAAGGGGUACGACGUACGAAUAUAGAGAUGAAUUUAAGGACUUGAAUCCUGACGUACAACAAAAAAUUAAUAAUGCUAUACAAAACAUUUCGUAUGAAGCUACACGGCUUGGUGCACUCUCCGCCAAGGAACAAAAACACCUAGAGCAGGUGACAGCGACGAUCAAAGAUACGUUUAGUUCGCUUAACAGGUGCGUGAAUGAUGAAAUUGGUGUUAAAGUCGGCGCGCUUGUUAGUAACAUUGUGAAGCAAGUUGACGGAAUUUUGAAAUCGCUUCAGGCCAUUGAUAAGGAGCUGUGGAAGCAUGUUAAUGAGUUAGGAAAAUGGAUUAACACUGCGGAUGAAAUUGUGAGAGAUGGCAUAAAUAGGACUAAUGGAAUUGAAAACAAAGGUGUUGGAUCUGUUAAUAAGGACAACAUUGAUAAUGUAGUAAAGAACAUUAAUACCGUUUUUUACGGGGCGAAAGAUUUUGUCAAGCAGAAAGUUGACGAAGCACUGCAAGCUGUGAAAUCUAUGGACGAUGCGCUCAAAAUGGAUUUGUUCACCGUGAAAGGUAGGAUAAAGGAGGCGGUUAAGGCGUUGGGGAAGCAGUUGGAUAAGGAUGUGAAAGCGGGAUUGUGGACGAUUGAGCAGCAGAUUACGGAGCCGCUUAAUGAGGUUGUUGGCGGUGCACGGGGAUUUUUUACGAAUUUCGUGGCUACAAAAGAAGCCAUUGAGCAGGCAAUUGGAAUAGUGCAGAAAGAUUUACAAAAUCUUUGGUCUCUUACAGUGGAUGAAGGCAUUCAAAAUGCUUACGGAACUCCUGUCGACACGUCUCUGCUAAAAGCUAUUGGUACAGCCGGGCUUAAUCCAUUCGAACCUGUUAUAACCUAUUUCUCGAAUCUAGAAAAAACUAUCAUGACACCUUUAAAAAGCAUUAUGCAAACGAUCAGUGAAAAAUGGCAAAGUGCAUUGACAUAUGAAAUGGAGGUCGGGUCUGUUCAAUCACUCAAGAGUCUUGUAGACACCCCAGGUUCUGUACCGACUCUAGAUGCGAAAGCGUUGCAGAAAUACGGCAUUGACCUAACCAAAGAUAUACGAGCACUAAACCUCAAAACGCAUGCUUCAUCAAUCCUUCAAGCCGUACAACGUCUUAAUGGAAAACCUCUAAACUUACGAAAAACUGAAGUUACAGAGUUUCUCAAGGAACUUGGCGCCAUAGGGGAAGCUGUAUCCAAACAUUCCAAGCAUGUUGUUGAGAAGGUCAUGAUUAAAAUUCGCGAAAAAAUAGAGACAGAGAUUGGAGAAGCAGCGGAGGUCAUUAAGGAUACAGCUGGCAAAAUUCAGACUGGUAUAGGAUACAAGCAGGCUAACAAAGAAUACGAUUACGGUAACGGCAAGACGAAGAACGUUAGAGGUCUCCAUGCGUUGGUGGAAAAUUUUAAUGUCCACAUUAAACAGGCGGUUGAAACGUUGCAACAGACGGUCACUACGAAAGCGUUUGUGCAUAAAGCUCCCGGUCCAAAUAAUCAAGACAACUACGAAUUUGGCAAAACAUUCAUGUCCGCUUUCAACACUACCUACGAGAACAACCUUAAAGAAGGCGAUAUCAAAACAAACGGUGGAGCCGGUACCAAAAGUGUGCUCGACCAAGAGAUCGGCGGGGAUGAUCUUCCGAACGGAGGAUUAUCGGAUCGCAAAGUAUCUGCACUUGCUGACGGUAAAUUCACAAACUACGGAAAACAAGUUAAGCAAGAUAGUCUCAUCCCAGGCAACCCAGAACAAUAUACAGGCACCCUUCCAGAGAAGAUAAGAGAAAUUAAUACGUAUGGUCUACAAUUAUUUGAAGAAAAGUUAGGUGCCAAACGAAAUCUAAAAGAGAUAUCUAGUGGCCAUCUCAGCGACAUCACCGACAACCUAAACCGGCUAAUUGAGGCAUUCUCAAAAGCCGGUAAAUCUGUUAACGCCGAGUUUAAGAAACUCCAAACGAAUAUCGGCCGUAAAGAACACGGCUCUACAGUUGAGGUUACAAAGGGCUCACUUCAAAAAAUUUACGACAAUUUGUCGGAUGUUCUUCGUGAUAAUGUUGCACGUGUCAUUCAAUCGGCCACCGAAUUUGUGAAACUAGAAGCUGACAAACUAAAACAGAAUUGCACUAAAUCAGUCACACGACAUGUCGACAAGGAAUCUCAAGAAGCAAUGGACAAACUCAUUACUCAAGCGAGAAAGCUGUGCAUAUCGUCAAUGAAGUCUUCCCUUGAACAAUUUUCGGGGAAGGUCGCCGAGGAACUAAAGCCCCUCCCCGGCGAGAUCGACACCGACAGGAAACACGGCUUUAAGGGGUUCAUGAGGACGUUGCAGGGGAAAAUCGGAGAGAAUGGUGAGACUUCGACUGACAAUGUUGACAGACUCAAGGGUCUCGUAGGUCAGCUGUCGAGAAAUGUGAAUCAUAAGGAUGCGUUCAAAAAUCUGUCGCAGAAAUUCAAGGAGUUCUGCUCACCACUCCACGUCUACCUCAAAGCAGAGAUACAACGAGUUCACGAUGCAAAUAACGAGAAAACCAAUCCCAAGCCAUCUGGCGACGAACAGCUCUACACCUCCAAACUCGACGCUGCGCAUUCCGCACUAAACACUCUACUCGAUCACAUUAGUAAUCACCGCUACAACCACGAAGUGCCCGCCUUGCUUGACAGUCUCUUCACUAAAGUCGAUGGUCUCCACCCCAAGACAUUCAAUGAACCGAGCACUCCCUUACUUGACGGCGUUGGGAAGGGGCUGGGUGAGUUUGCGGCUGAACUAGGGAAGGCGUACGUGAGUAGGUAUGACGGAGGUGCUACAAUUAAAAGAUGGACACAUAAAGAAACUGGAGAAAUUGAGUUGACGCCCAAUGGCCGAAAUGGCGCUAAGGUCUGCCUGCACGUGCUAUCCAUCUUGCAUACGGAAUUAAACAGAUUGGUGAAGUAUUGUCAGUCAUCUACCAGAAGUGAACAAAUAAAUAAAUCGACCAUUGUUGGCGAAUUCUUCUUCGACCAAGGCUACGAUGUUUCGGACUCUGGCGAGCAGAAUGGUGAAUUGCAAGACCACAAGAGGAUGACAGUGUUCUUCAUCUACAAACGUCUUUUCCGAGAUGAUGACAGACAUAUUUUUAAAGACAUUAAGAGAAAUGGCUCUCUUCAAAAACUUCACGACUGCCUACAAACGUACUACAAGGUUGGCCACGUCGCCACUUUUGCCGCCAAGAGACGCCCGUGUAGCAUCUUCGAAAUGCUGUGCUGGCUGUCUGGUCUGCAGUGCACCGCUGUUUAUGAAGAGCUUUUAAAUGACAGUCUAAGUGACUUGUUCAUAGAUCCAAAGAGUCAGGUCACCGACGGUGAAUUGUCGGCAGCGGUCGGCGUUGAACCCGUGAAGGCAUAUCCACAGGCGAUGGAGUAUGACGGCACACGCGCGGCAAUAGAACAUCUUUGCUCCACGGCAUAUGACCUUUUAGUUUACAUCCUCGGCACCGGAAACGCGCAUACCAUGUACGCUUCUGACUUCUCUAACAACUCACUCGGCUUUCAUUAUCCGACUUCCGGUGAGGAUUGCCUAGGCAUGUUCAUGGACGUCCUCAGUAGGCUAUUGCCACCGCUGCAAUUCAUGUACAGCCGAUGUACGCUCAGCGUUCAGCACGGUGGCUGGCAAGAAUGCGAGUACGGCAAAAACAUAAGGACAACCAAAUGGCCAUGCAAAGAGCAUAUUACCGACGAAGUAGCGUGCCGACCAAAUGACCAACCAAAGUGCCAACCAACGUCCCCCUUAAUGUCGUACCUUAACGAUUGCUUACCUGGUCACUUACCACACCAAUUGAGUUCCAUCGGCUGUAAAUACGAUUGCGCCAGCUGCCCGUCUACUUCGAGAAAAGGCCAGCCCUGCAUAACGCCACUUGGUUUCCGAGGCUUUUCAGGAAGCACGAAGACAGGCAAAGACCUGUGUGCUAUCCUGAGCAAAAUCAUCGAGAAUAAACAUCUCGCAUCGCUAUUCUGCCUUGUUACCAAACCGCCAAAAACGUUGCCAGAACACUUCGGUUUUGCGUUAUCAUUGGUUAAGGGAUGGUCGAAUAUUUCUAAGUUACAGAACAAAAACGUACCUAAUGUCAGUUUCCAAUCAGCGUUUGAAGCAUCCGUUCGCGGCUUAUCUAUUGAUCUAUAUUCAGAACCCUAUGAGUUAACCAAAUCGUUAACAAAAGCGUACGGCUCGCAGUCCGUUUUCCAUGAAGAUUGCAAGCAUCCGCACCUUGUCAAUUUCACUAGCUCAGAUAUAUGUCGUUAUGAUAUUGCGGACGUGACCUGCGCUCCCUAUCUUCAAUCGCUAUGCGCAAAUUCAUAUGAAUACAUGGCCAUCAAACACUGUGACCUGUACCUAUCGUGGGCCAUAUACCUCUCAUGGGAUUUCUGGCGAUUGCUGAACAAUUUGUACAACGACUUCUGCAACAUAUUCUGUGCCGAUUGGGGUUGCCGCGGCUGCUUGAGAGGCGAUACGUGCAAGAAAGGAUCGCAUGGUCUUACUGACGAAAAAAGCGGGAACCCACGUUGCCAGUGUUCAUCAAUAGUGGAUUGUAAAGGCGUGUCACCGACGCUGUACCGAUAUGGAUUCAGUUUCUGUGACGCUGUCAAAUUGAAUGAUGAUAAAUAUAAAAAGAAGUGUUCCGAUUUCUGCAGUCAGUUAAACAAAAUGUUAACUUCACAAUAUUUCAAAGACCUGUUCACCGAGUGUGACAACUUCAUUUGGACCAUCAGACAACCUUUCAUCUGGCUCAACGUCGCACUCUGGUCACUCUCCCUCUUCUACCUCAUCUGCGUAAUGGUUGGCAGACUGGAUGUCCUCCACAUCAAAUCACAUUUACAUAGUCCCUCGAGUCAUCGCAUAGCUGCUCAAUCACUACUCGCCGCCGGACGCGUUAACAAGCUUAACAGGGUGUUUUACCUGCAGCCAUAA